CAUCCGGGCUCUGGGGCAGGAUGAAUGCUCCUUUUCAAGAUGGCGGCGGAGGGAGGAGGGAAGGAGAUGAACGAGAUUAAGACCCAGUUUACCACCCGCGAGGGUCUGUACAAGCUGCUGAGCCACUCGGAAUACAGCCGGCCCAACCGGGUGCCCUUCAAUUCGCAGGGCUCCAACCCCGUCCGCGUCUCCUUCGUGAACGUCAACGACCAGAGUGGCAACGGCGACCGGCUCUGCUUCAAUGUGGGCCGGGAGCUCUACUUCUACAUAUACAAGGGGGUCCGCAAGGCUGCUGACUUGAGUAAACCAAUAGAUAAAAGGAUAUACAAAGGAACACAACCUACGUGUCAUGACUUCAAUCAUUUAACAGCCACAGCAGAAAGUGUUUCUCUACUAGUGGGCUUCUCUGCAGGCCAGGUGCAACUUAUAGAUCCUAUUAAAAAAGAAACUAGCAAACUGUUUAAUGAGGAAAGACUAAUAGACAAGUCCAGAGUAACUUGUGUAAAAUGGGUGCCUGGUUCAGAAAAUCUCUUCCUAGUAGCUCAUUCCAGUGGCAAUAUGUACUUGUAUAAUGUGGAACACAAUUGUGGUACCACAGCCCCACACUAUCAGCUACUUAAACAAGGAGAAAGCUUUGCAGUCCACACAUGCAAGAGCAAAUCUGCACGAAACCCUUUGCUUAAAUGGACAGUAGGUGAGGGUGCCCUGAAUGAAUUUGCUUUUUCCCCAGAUGGGAAAUUCUUGGCGUGUGUAAGCCAGGAUGGCUUUCUUCGUGUAUUUAACUUUGAUUCAGUGGAGUUGCACGGUACAAUGAAAAGCUACUUCGGAGGACUGCUAUGUGCGUGUUGGAGCCCAGAUGGAAAAUACAUUGUGACAGGUGGAGAGGAUGACUUGGUGACUGUCUGGUCUUUUGUGGACUGUCGAGUGAUAGCUAGAGGCCAUGGACACAAAUCCUGGGUCAGUGUUGUGGCCUUUGAUCCAUAUACCACUAGUGUAGAAGAAAGUGAUCCAAUGGAAUUUAGUGGCAGUGAUGAGGAUUUCCAAGAUCUUCUUCAUUUUGGAAGAGAGCGAGCAAAUAGUACGCAGUCUAGGUUAUCAAAAAGGAACUCUACAGACAGUCGCCCAGUAAGUGUAACAUACAGGUUUGGUUCAGUAGGCCAGGACACACAGCUGUGUUUAUGGGACCUAACAGAAGAUAUCCUCUUCCCACACCAACCCCUCUCAAGGGCAAGGACACACACAAAUGUCAUGAAUGCCACAAGUCCUCCUGCAGGAAGUGGUGGAGCUAACCCAGGAAGUAAUGGAAACAGCAUCACAACACCUGGAAACUCUGUGCCCCCUCCUCUUCCAAGAUCAAAUAGCCUUCCACAUUCUACAGUCUCCAAUUCUGGCAGCAAAAGCAGUGUCAUGGAUGGUGCCAUUGCUUCUGGGGUUAGUAAAUUUGCAACCUUAUCGCUACAUGACCGGAAGGAAAGACACCACGAAAAAGAUCACAAAAGAAACCAUAGUAUGGGACAUAUAUCUAGUAAGAGCAGUGACAAACUGAACCUAGUUACUAAAACCAAAACAGACCCAGCAAAAACUUUGGGAACACCCCUGUGUCCCAGAAUGGAGGAUGUUCCUUUGUUAGAGCCUCUUAUCUGUAAAAAGAUAGCACACGAAAGACUGACUGUGUUAAUUUUUCUUGAAGACUGUAUAGUCACUGCUUGUCAGGAGGGAUUUAUUUGCACAUGGGCAAGGCCUGGUAAAGGGGAGGAAUUUCUGAGGAGGGAUUCAGUCAAAAGAAGGUCCUAGACCCAGACAGGCUAAGAUGCUGCAAGGCUGCUGGACCAUAUACCUUUAGAUGACACCCUGUCUGAAGCCACCCCAUGCUGCAUCACAGACUCCUUAGUUGCAGUACUGAUUUCAGGUAAGAGUGUGCUGUUUAACUGCAAAAAGUGUCAAACACAUCAGGAAGCUGUCUUGUGGAGUCAGGGUUCAUUGGGCUGUCUAGCUCAAUAAAGUUUCGUGAUUGGCAACAGCUCUCCAAGGUCCUCAAGACUUUCUCCAGUGCUGUUACCCAAGAUGGCGUUAACUGCCUAUACUAGAGAUAGAAGCAUGUGCUCUGCCACCAAAUUUCAACCUCUCCCCAGCAUCACAUCCCAUCUGCCCAAGCGUAGCCUUAAUAAGUUUUUAAAUAAGUCUGUGCUUUUACACAAGGCAGACUAUCAAUUCCUUUCAGAUACAUAAUGUACCUUGCAAUUUCAUAAAAGACGCAUCCAGCACUCCAUAUGUCCAUUUUGUAACUGUAGUAGCCAUCUGUGAGAAGACAUUCUGGUGCCCUGUACCACCGUGUGGAUAUGUAUUCUGUAUAUGGCUGUUUGGAAUGUAUACUCCUACAGGAUCCAAAAUCUCCUAGUUUCAGAAGAUCUUGCUGCAAUUAGAUAAAGUGUAUAUCUCAAAUGAGAAGUUACCAAAAAGCAAAUCUAAAACUUUUAAGACAUCAACCACUGUAAUGAUGGUUGUUUUAAAGUGGCCUGUAAUGUCCAUUUCAAGUGUUUAAUCUGAGGCAGAGGGGAAUCUGACCCAUUUUAAAAACUAUUUAGAACUGGUCAUAAUUCAUUAAAAUGGUCCAUUGUUUCAGUGGGUUGUUGUCUGUGGAAGAGGUGUGAAAGUGGGCUUGAGGAAGAGAGAGAGUCACUCUUUGAAGGUACUCAGGAGAAAGCCGUUUAAAGAGACUGAUCAGGUAGUAAAAGAUGGCUUGGCACAUUUUGCCAAUGGUGACAGAAUAUAGUUCAGCAACUAGUCAGAAAAGAAAUAAAGAUAAUACUUAUUUAAAUCAAGAAUCUAACUCAUCGAAACUGUACAGUGCACUUCCUCCUUGAGCAGCAAAAUGCAUUUCUAAACUCCAGCCCUAGAACAGGAAUGAAUAGUCUCAAUGAUUUUGCAUCAAUUCAAUACCACUAUUCAUACGAGUUUUGGAAUGGAAGCUGCAUGUUUUCAUGCUACAGUAAGACUUCUUACCUUUAUUAAUAUGUUUUCUGGUUUCACAUCUCUGUGAAAUAUUCCAUUCCUGCAUCAAGAAAGGAAUUCAGGAAAAGGUAAGCAUGUAAACACUAAGGCUGGAAUGCAGAAAGCCCUGUGCGCAUUAGGGAGUUUUAGUCCCCUCCUCCAUUUCCAGCACAGCUCCUCACCCACUCCUGAAAAGCCAUUCCUGAAAGUCAGAAGGUACACCAGCAAAGCUUUCUGUGUGGUGAGGAAAAACUCAGCUAGAAGAGAAAAGUCAUUAUAGGUAUGUGCUUGUAACAGCCACCUUAGGUAUGAAUAGACCAAUUAAAUAAAUUACACAAAAGGAAUCUGUCCUACCUGUGCAUGUGAUCAAGAGACUUGCAUAACUGGUACAUAUAACUCAUUAUUCUCUUUUCAGGCAAUGGUUUUUUCCUCCCUAGAAUUUGGAAUAGUGAAAUAAAAGUGUGGUAUAGCUUUACACAAAGGUCACUUUAAGAUGGAGAGCUUGCAGUCACUUCUGCCACUUAACUAAUCUUUAUAUACAUCUAUACAAUGUUCUACCUAUGAGCUCUGGGAAGCUGCUUUUCUGGAUGUCCAGGUGACUGUUGUGGCCAGGAGUACCUUUACUCAGCUUGAGCUGCGUGCCAGAUGCGCUCCUCCUAGAGAGCACAGAACUUGCUACAGUGAUACAUGCCUUGCUUGCUGCCAGAGAGAGUACUGCAGGUCUACACAGGACUGCCCUUGAAGAAUGUUCUGGUAUAAAAUAUAGCAGCAGGAGUGCUUUCCAAUGUGCUCAUCAGAAAGAUACUGUUCAUUUCACACCAUUUACACCAGUUUUACAGAUUGUACUGGUCUCAAAUUCGUUUCCAGGCUCAAUUCCGGGUGUUGUAUCUUACCUAUAAAGCAUUGCAUUGCUUGGGGCACUGCCUUCUAUAUGAUUGAGCCCAUACGUUACGGUCAUCUUCAGUGGUUCUGUUUUAUAUCCCACCACCCAGUUGUUGGGAACAAACAACAGGACUGUUUCUGUGGCAGGACCCCCAUUCUGAAAUUCCUUCCUGAAGUCAAUGAGUUUGGUCUCAUUCCCAACAGCUUUUAGGCAAGCAAUAAAAAUAUUUAUUGCAUCUGACAUCCAAUGGGGCCUAAUUAUGAUGUUGAAAUGUUGACAUCCCAUAUUUCCUGGCAUCUUAAUUAUGUUUUGUGGUUUUAUUAGCUUUGGUCACAUUGCAAGCCUUGGAGAAGGCCUUUGUUAAAGCCAAAAGACAGUUGAUUUUUUCCCAUGGGGUACAAAGAACUGCUUCACACACUAGGAUAGUUCAAAUAUAACAUGGGCUCUGUCUUAACUGCAGUGUAGAGAUCAGGAGCCUGCCUCAAGAAUCUGUACUCCUCCAGAGUGCAAAUUCUCCUGUUCUCUCCUGUAGUUAAGAAACACCAUGGUGCUAUUCUUGGGUGCUUCCAGAGACUUUUGCCACAUUCAUGGAAUUUUACAGAGGGGCGAGAUGAUGUAAUCUUCAACUUGUAGCCCUCCCAUAUUUCCCCACCUCUUUUUUCAGCUUUUUUUCUUAGCAGAAAAAAAUAAUAAAGGGCUGAACAGCUGCACAAGGUCUUUUCAUCAUUUGUGACCGCAGCCCAGUACCUGGAAGCACUCCUUAUCCACAGCUAAGGUCAACCAGAGUUGUGAUAAACUACAGGUAAAGGCAGCACUGAGCAGGGAACUACACUAUGGGGCAACCUCUUUCAGUAUGGAGCACUGAAAAUGGGCCAUGAGGGAUGUGCCCAUCAGCUUCAAGUGUCAGCAGGAAAAAUGUGGGGAUUUAGGGGUUAGAAUGAUCCUACUGCACAGGGCAUCUAAUAAGAAGCCUCUUGAACUGGUGUGUCGGUCCUGACAUGACACAUACAGACUUGCACUCCCAAAGGUGACUUUGCUAUGGGAUGAUAAAAGGACAGUGUGGGAGAAGCUUCUGCUGUUGCGUGGACAUCAGGAGCUUGUUAUAUGGCAACCUUCCCCAAGCCUAAGCUGAUGGCCUCCAGAUGUUUUGGUCUACAACCAGUGAUGAGGUUUCUGCUCUAAAUAGUGAGUUCUACCUCUUCUUUACAUUGGUUUCCUACUUGCAUCUGGUAUUUUUCAGGACAGCUCCCCAGAGAGCUUUGCCUGGCACCAACACUCUAUUCUUUUCAGCACUAGAUUAAAACCUUUUUAUUUUCCCAUUAUUUUAAUGUUUGAUUAGGUUGUAAUGUGGGUUUUAUCUUAUUGGAAUUAUAUGGAUGCUGUGCUUCAUUUCAUUUUAUGCUGCUUUUACUGUAAGACCGUCCCAAGACGCUAGUAGCUGGAUGGUAUAUAAAAGCUAUAAAUAAAUAAAUAAAUAAAUAAAUAUUUAUUCUUAUUGCAUUAACAUAUUCUUGCCUACAAUAUUUGUAUGUAGCAACAGUCUUUCUCCCUUCAGUGUUUUUUCUGGGGGGAUGCCACACACUUGUCUUUUUGUGUUUGGAUCUAACCCUAACCACAAGUUCUAGAUGACUAACAAAUCUUACGCAAACUCUUCUAACUUCCCAAGCUCGAGAAAAGAAAUGAGGUACAUCUCUGAGGAAAGGGAAACAAAUAAUAAUCACAGCCUUAGUUUCAGUUUCACUUCAACUUGCUAUUAAAGAAUGUUAGCAAUAGAGGGCAAAUAUGCUAUGUGUAAGCCUUGUCCAGACCAACUGGGACUAUAUGUCAUGCCUUAUUUUUUCAUUCACCCAUGGGCAACUGAGCACUAGGGUUUGCCAAUGCUUCCCUUAGAAGAAUAAUAUAAAAUUUCAUGUCCUAUAUUUAGUCCAUCUAACCUGAUUGACAGCUGUACAACAGACUGGAAAAUCAUGGAAAAAACACAGAUUUGCAUGGUCUGGGCAUUUCUUCAUGAAAAAUAUAGGAAGUAAAAUUUUCUGCCUGACAUCACUACACACAACUCCAGGGAUUCCUGAUCUGGCUAGGACUGCACUCCAAAAUCUUUCUCUGUUGUCACGUAUUGUAAAGGUAAUCAUUUACCUCCAAUAACACCACUCUCAAUAACACCCCCACAGCUUAUAAGCCAGGGAGGCUCGCCAUGCUUAUAAGCCACCCAACAUACAAUGGAUUAUUGUAGGAUUUAGUAGCCAUGCCUGGGCUUACCAUGUCAUCUUUACCUGCUGCAGAACUUCUUGGCAAGACUGGAAAGAAAUCCCUGCUACUCUAGCCAAGUGGUGGCCAGACAAACACUGCUGACAACUGACCCUAAGGUGCCCAAGCAGCAGUUGGCAGUGUCUGUCAGAAGCUUUCCUUUAGAGGAGGCUAAGCAGAGCAUAUCUCAAUUCUCUCUGCCAAGUCUGGUGCCACUCCUUGACAGGGUGGGUGGGUGCCUCUGCUUGGACUCCUCAAAAGUAAGCUGAGCAAAGUACAGCUCAGCUCCCCUAGAUGGGGAGCCACUGCCAACAGUAGUUGCAUGAUGGGAAGGUGCUGCUACUGGUCCAAGCAGGGCAUCCUGAGCAAUCUGCCUUUGAUGAGAUUGGCAGUAGUGCCAACAGCCCACUGCAUGGAUUACAAGGCCUACUUGCAAACUGGGGUGAGGGCUAUCAGCAAUCCUUGCUCUCCUCCUGCCACUGAGUCUCCCACAAGGAGGCAGGAAGCUCAGUGCUCCUGCAGUCUUCCAUGGGAUUCCCUCAGGAGGACUGAGGAGGAGGAUGGAAUGGCAUGGUGCAUCCUAGCCUUGAUACAGCUAGCCUCUGCUCGGCUCACCAUGGGUGGCUUCUAUGACAGGUGCCAACAGCCUGACUUAGCCUGUCAUGGGAACCUGCCCACUGUCUAUGCAAUAUUUUUCCGCAAUCACAGGGCAAUACCAUUUGUUGUUUAAGAUUCCAGCAAGCUCCACUUAAUCUUUUUGCUCAGAUGCAACAUGCCUCUAGAUUUUGCAUAAAUGAAUUAAUGGCACCUGAAAAAUAUUUUUCCAGCGUUGGCAUAAUCUACAUACCUUUGAUCAGUUCAUAGAUAUUCAUGUCCAUAAGUUCACAUAUUAAUGCAACAGCACCAGCUUUCUUGUCACUAAAGGAAAAAGUUUGCUUUAAUUUAUAUGAAAGAAAUCAGAUGAGUAACUUGUGUAAUCAUCUGGAGAAUGAGAGAUAAAGGCUGGAUUUAUGAUUAUGGUAUUAAUUUACAUGACAGUUUUCCAGUCUAGGAGCUUGUUAAUUUUUUAAAAUCAGCCUCUGAAGACAUUUAAGUCAGUGUGAAAAGAUACUGUAAAUGCAGUAAAAAUAAACAGUUAUUCUGGAGUCAAAACACAUCUACAGAGCGCCAUGUAAAUGAAAAAUGCAAAAAUAAAUGCAUGUUCUAUCUGAAGAUAAAACAAUUUAGUUACAACUGGUACUUGUUUUUGUAAAGCAACACCAUGAAUGCUAAAUAUUCUGCUAUCAACUUAAUUUACUGACAGCAGUGUACCAUAAGCAGAAAUUCUCUAAUUAUCACCAAUGGUUUGAACAUAUGGAGUCACCUUGUACUGA